GUCUGCUCGCACUAGCUGCGAGCAACGAUACGUUACGAUGACGCCCGCGCCAUUUUGUGCAGUACAACUUUGAGCACGCGCUCAAAAAAAUCCGCGUAUUUGUAUGUUGGUUGCGAGUGUGCAUCAGUUAUUGGAAGAAAUAUGAACAGAAAUUGAGAGAGCGAAAGAUUCGGAUUGGUUCAGAGGGAAAGAACGUUUGAGUCACUUUCUUUCGGGGUGCUGAUGCAAAUCGCUUGGAAGUCAGAACUCGACGGUUCUCUAUUUCGCGAACUGUUGACUAUUAAAUUUCAUAUUCUUCACGAUUCAAUCGAGAAGCAUAGUUAGCCUCGGUAAAGAAGAAUUAAAAGCUUUCGAGGAGUUUUGUUUCAUUGAAAAAACUUGCUCAACGCGAGUCGCGUUUUGUGGUUUUCAAAAGAUCGUACGAGUCCGCGACACGUGAGAUUUUUGACAGUGCCGUAAAAGUGUCAGUUCUGUGAAGUAUGUGAUUUUCUUUUUUUUCAUCGCAUGAACAAGUGCAUUUCGAGAGCGUUAUGAAAGGAUAAUUGAAUCUUGAAGUUCGGUACUCCAGCUGCAUAAACACGAAGAAUAAAGAGUCGCUCCCGUUGGUUAGCCCGAAAAAAUGCGCACUCCAGCCGACACGGAGGUGAGCCUUCCUCAUGGGGAGAAUUACAAGUUCGAGGGGCAAGAAACCUGCGGCUCAUCUUCGGUUGCAUCGGCGACAACACGCGUCGUCGUAAACCAAAUGAUAUUGUCGGCUUCGCAACCGGAGACCCACAUAUUUACCAACGGUAUGCUAUGCAUUCAAGAAGAGUUAGGCCAAUUGGGUGGCAUCGCCGUCGGUCCAGCGGUCAGCUGCGCCAGGGACAACCAGCUCGGACAAAUCCCGAGAGUGACGAACACUCGUAGCGAAUCUGAGAGCAACACGAAUUCGAGCGACACCGCAACGAAGUGCGGGCCCGGCUCGGGGCCCCUGGAAGCUCAGAAGUCCAGCUGGGUCGAAGGCAUUCUCGGGUGCAUGCGACCCGUGUGGACGAUGCUCUACAAGGCAACGGCUAAUGAAAAAAUCAAAGGAAACCAAUCCAACGACUGGGAGAUACCCUUCGAGACAAUCAAUGAACUCCAGUGGCUCGGGUCAGGUGCACAGGGCGCAGUUUUCAGUGGGAUGCUCAACAAGGAGAUAGUGGCUGUGAAAAAAGUACGAGAACCGAGAGAGACCGAUAUAAGACACUUGCGAAAGCUCAACCAUCCGAACGUCGUGAGAUUCAAAGGAGUUUGCACCCAAGCCCCGUGCUACUGUGUCAUUAUGGAGUUUUGUCCAUACGGACCACUCUACGACCUGCUCAGAGCUGGAGAACCGAUUCCACCUGCGCGUCUCGUCUCUUGGUCCAAGCAGAUAGCAGCUGGAAUGAGUUAUCUUCAUGCACACAAAAUUAUCCACCGAGAUCUCAAGAGUCCAAACGUUUUAAUCGGUCGCGACGAAGUUGUGAAAAUAAGUGAUUUCGGCACGUCUCGAGAGUGGAACGAGAUUAGCACACGAAUGACAUUCGCCGGGACCGUGGCUUGGAUGGCUCCGGAAAUAAUACGGAACGAGCCGUGCUCCGAAAAAGUCGACAUUUGGUCGUACGGUGUCGUGUUGUGGGAAUUACUGAGCGGCGAGAUACCCUACAAGGACGUUGACUCAUCAGCGAUAAUAUGGGGAGUCGGUAACAAUUCCCUUCACUUACCGAUACCCGCGAGCUGGCCCGAAGGCUUUGGCUAUCUCAUCGAACUAUGCUGGAAAGCCGAGCCUCGAAAAAGACCAUCUUUCGGGCUCAUUGAAUCUCAUCUUAAUAUCAUUGCUGUCAAAGUUCUCUCCACCGAACCUGACGAAUAUUUCAAAACUCAGCAAACGUGGAAAGAAGAAAUACGAGAACGAAUGAGGCAAAUGCAAACCAAUACGUCGAGCAGUCCACGUUUUGAGGCUGAUUUGAUACGUCGACGCGAGGACGAACUCAGGCAUGCUCAGGACAUCAGAGAACACUAUCAGCGGAAGCUGGACAAAACGAAUGAUCUUUAUCUCGAAUUGAGUGCGGUUCUGUUGCAACUAGAACAGCGAGAGCGCGACGUUGUGAAACGAGAACAGCAAUCGGGUUACAAACAGUACAAGAAACGUCUGGUCCAUCCGCUGUUGAAGGCACAAGAAAGAAUGCAGAGAAGACGAAACGCGACGGUAAAACUUUCGAGCUCGUCAACCCCUACGACGCCCUCUUCACCGAUCGAUUCUCCUCAAAGUCCUGUCAAAGCGACUCUCUACACGCAGUUGAACAAUUCCAAUCAACCUGAGACCGUUGUCGUAGCUCCUAAUAAUAGUUUCAAGCAGAAAAAAUACAGACAUCGCAGGGUUGGCUCUGGCUGCGGUGUCAGCUCCAGUCCUAGGUCGAGUCCGCAUCGCGAAAGAAAGAGCGCGGAACUCUCAUUACGUUACAUAGACCAUGAAACCCAAACGGACAUAACGAGUAUAGCAGAAACAGAUUCGUGUAGAAAUUCGCGAACGGAAACGUUCGGGGGAAAUGAGUACAAUUUGGAUUCGCCACUCGAGCAACAAUCUUACAUUGAGUCAAUCGCCGAGUCUAUGAACGGUAAUUCGACGUUGCCUGAAACGAAUUACGAUCUUCGGAACGAAGCCGGAGGCUGCUCUAGUCCGGAACCAAGUCAUAAUACUGAAAAUCAGUCGAACGGCAACGAGAGACUCAAGGAUUGCAGUGACGAUGAUCAUCUCGAAACUCUCGGUCGUAAAGUUAGCGAAAUUUUGAAUGCCAACCGACUUAUUUCACCUGUUGAUAAUGGCAACUGUGAUGAUCUCAUUACUACGCACAGUUACAGUACAACAAUGAAGGAAGAUCUGGGCAAACUAUCCGGGCAAUUUGGUACUAUUCUUGUGAACGGGGUUGUGGUUGGUGGGGAUGAGACUGACAUAAGAAUAGGACGUUGUUCCGAAACGAUAGACUCGUUGUCAGGAAUCGAGGAAGUCACUAGUAGAAUUAUUGGAAAAAACAGCGUCGACGAGGAUGACGGAGAUGGUGAUGACGAUGACGACGACGACGAGCCCUGCGAGGAAAGCUGGUCCGACGAGGAACGGGAAGAUCCUGUGUUCACCAAGAAAUAUUCGCUCAGACGUAGAAGUAUCGCAAGAAGAUCCAUUGCCCCAGGAAGUCGUUUGCGAAGAUUUAAACAAAUUUCAAUACGAAUGGACGGUGCUCUGGUUUCUGAUGAGGAAAACACAUCGGAAUAUUCACAUCCACCUUCGAGUCAGUCGUCCACGCUCGAGAGCAAUCCAGAGGUCCAACGAACGUUACGAAAUAUUCAUCAUUCACACAAGCGCAACGGUAUGGCAGAUGCAUCGGACACAUCAGGACAAUCAGAAACGGACGAGCUUAGUGAGAUAACAAUAGCUCCGCAAACAACAGGAUCGACAGUAACAACAACAACGCCUAAGAGUGUGAAAAGAUUCGAGAGCAAAGUAUAACAGACGUUAAAAACGUCAGUAAAGAAAAAAGGAAAGAAGAUGUGCGAUAGGCAAACAAAACACGCGGCCCUCCUUAAGUCUUAAGGUUCACUUUGUAAGUUGUAUAUAGAAAGAAUAGCAAAAACACAUAGUGGUAAAUGCGAAAGUGGAGAAAAAUCGAUCCGUUAAUAAUAAUAAUAAUAAUAAUAAUAAUAAUAAUCAAGAAAGCCUCGUAUUUGUCAUUAGUGACAAAUAGAUUUGUACAUAAUUUAUUCGUACGUGUAGUACGCGCGUAUAUUUUGCACGUAGAAAUCUUCGUUUGUACAAUUAUAAAAAUUAUUAGUAUUGGUAAUAUUAAAUUUAUCAAUAUCGAUUGAUGAACGGCGUUACAAUACUCUAACGAAUGCGGGAGAAAUUUUCGAUCCAGAACGAACACUUUCGUGUGAUGGAAGUUCGAAGUAAAAGCCGAUUUACGUAAAAAAAAUCAACGAAUAAAAAGCGUAUACAAAUUUAUUGAAACAAAAUGAAAUGAAAAUCAAGAUUUUUUCGGCUGUUUCGAGCCUUCGAAUGUACGUUCCGUCAAUGAAGUAACUAUUCAUUUUGAGAGAGAAAAUUAUGACUUCUCCGCCACACCUCACUAUCUCAGCAUAGUCGUGUAAUUUCGUCUUUAUUUAUAACUAUGUAUAAAAUGAAUUUUUGUGAAUGUGGAUCGUGUUAGGCAUACUCAAGUAGUGAAUUUUUCCUGUUUUCUUCUGAUUAACGGAAGCUCAAGUUAACAACGAAUUACCCGAGUCGAAUGAGGGUUCAUUUGUUCUCAUUUUUUUAUUCUUAACUUUAUUGAAUUUUGGAGAUAAAAACUUUCAACGGAAACGUGUGGCCUAACAGUCAUUUUUUCAAUCAAGAAACAUGAUGCGAUCAAACCUUCGAUAGACAAUCGUGAAACUGAUUUAUAAUUGAUCGACUUGAUUUAACAAUUUAUUAGUGAAACUAGUCCACGUAUUAUCGUACGCAAAACGAUUUGGAAUUAAAAUUGCAACGACGGAAAGACCUGAAAAUAGUUAUCGAAUAACUAGAAGUCAAUGUUGUGACACUAAUGAUACUAUCAAUUUUUUGAUAAUUUCUCAGAAUAAAAAAUAAUGUCAAGAGAAA